AUGGACGAUAUUCUGGAGAAUAUACGUCCGGCCGAGGGCAACAAUCUGUCGUUGUACCUUGAAUCACUAGUCGCCUGCCCCCAGGGCACAGGAUGGUCCAUGGAAGGUGUUCAAAUGGUGUUCAAGGGGUUAAAGACCUAUCCAAGCACCUUUCAGGUUAUGUCUGGCACUGGGCCACUUGUUGUUUUGCCCAAUCGCUUUACGGAUGAAGUAUAUUUCGACAAGGACUUCUUCGUUAAAUAUCCUGGUUUUGAAGCUUAUGACACUGGCUACAAGGACGGAACAUUUAUCCAAGAAGUCGUCAGAACGAAGCUCACCCAGUCGCUGGCGCUCGUCACGAAAGAUCUCGUUGAGGAAAUGACCAAUGCAACUCACGAGCUUGCUGGUGAAGACACCAAGUUCCACGAAAUCACCGCCAAGCCCUUUGUCUCUCAACUUGUCGCAAGACUGUCUUCCCGGGUUUUCUUGGGCAAGAACCUAGCCCGCAACAAACGGUGGCUGGAAAUUGCUAUCGGCUACACCGAUGAUUCCUACUCCGCGGCAUACGAACUUCGCCAGUGGCCUUUCUUCUUCCGUCCGUUUGUGCACUGGUUUCUACCCAAGUGUCGUCGCCUUCGCCAGGAAGUCAAGGACGCUACUUCAUUGAUCAUGCCAGAGGUUGAGGAACGCAAGCAAACUGUUCGCAAAGCCCUCGAGUCUGGCACGAAGCCACCGAAGACGGCCGAUACGAUUGGUUGGAUGUAUGAGAUUUCUCGGGGCCGCGAUGUCAACUACGUCCAUGGUCAAUUGUUCCUCAGUUUCGCAGCCAUCCACACCACUACGGAAACAAUCACGGCAUGCCUCUAUGACAUUUGCGCAUACCCUGAAAUCGUUCAGCUUCUGCGCGAAGAGAUCAUUCAAGUCCUUGGAGAGCAUGGUUGGGCCAAAACAUCCCUAUACAAGCUCAAGUUGAUGGACAGCUUCAUGAAGGAAAGCCAACGUCGUCACUCCAUGGGAACUACUUCAAUUCACCGCUACGUUGAUAAUGACAUCAAGUUGUCGGACGGAAACACGCUGCGUAAAGGAUCUCGAGUCAUGGUAUCAGCCGAUCCAUUCAUGGACCCUGAAGUAUACCCAAAUCCCGAGAAGUACGAUCUCUACCGCUUCUACAAUCUCAGAGCCCAGCCGGUUAAAGAGAAUGGCUACCAGUAUGUGACAAAUUCGCCCCAACAUUUACUCUUCGGUCAUGGUACACACGCUUGCCCGGGAAGGUUUUUCGCCAGCAACGAGAUGAAGAUUGCUCUUUGCCACUUGUUGCUCAAGUAUGACUGGAAGCUUUGCGACGGAGAAACCACUCGACCGCUCAACCUUCAGGCCGAUCAGGGUUACUUGACCAACCCUGUAGCCAAGAUUCAGAUGAGACGAAGGAAGGAGGAAAUUGAUCUUGACACAGUCACCGAGUGA